UCUCGAUCUUCCGAGAGUGCCGAUGGCUCGUCGCUCCUUUUCCAUAACCGGAUUAUCAACGAUCCACAAAAAGAUGAAAUACCGAUGAAUAUACGAAGCGAACCUAAAUUUCUCCGUAAAACGAGGUCAGAGUAAGAUAUCCGUUAACUGACCAGUCGAGUGUCGAACGCUCAACGAAGAGUACUCUCUAGCUAACGAAGAGAUGUCCUCUCGCAGUGAUUGAAUCCCGUAUCGUCAAAGACGAGAAAUGAGGGCUGCCUGUUUGCUAAUACUCUUCGCUGUUUUUUGCGUUCGAAGCUCCUUGCAACGAGUUGACGAAAGAACCAUUGACUCGCAGAAAAUGUUAAACACAUCCGUGAACAAUGAUGCGCCGGAUCUCGCGAGAAACGAAAAAGACUGGAACAUGAAGAAAUUGCAGCAAUUGCUGAAACAAGUGACAAAUUCUACCUCGAAUACCACCAAUCUAACUGCUGACAAACAAGGUCCCUGUCAAUGUGGUGGAGGUGUCUGCGGUUGUUGUUCUAGAAUUUUGUACGAUACUUGGAAGCAAAAGGCGUGCGUGAACGUCACGUACGAUCCGGACGAGUUCAGCUUCACCGCGAAAAUUUCGAUGAACGACAGAGUUUUGUAUACGAGAACCGUGUCUGGAAAAAAUCCUCGGCCGAUAUGCGUGCCAGUGCCACGAAUUCCAUUUGUUAAAGCGUGCGUCCGGUUUUAUAACAUUUAUUUUCAGGGUAGAAAUAUUCACGCGUGUAUAAAUAUGGAGGGGAAGUUCAGCGAUACUACGAUAUUUAAGGUCGGAUUAGAUUGCAUUAGAUUCGGUGCAAACGGCUUGGCUCUGGUAAAGCCAGAAGACGGAGGUGGACUAGGUCAACUAGAACUCUUGCCAGGUGACGACGAUGAUGAGGAUGAGGACGAUUAUGAUUACGACGACAACGACGACGACGACGACGAUGACGAUGAUUUACUUGAUUUCUGAGGAAACCUAAGAUUCUGUUCGUGACAAGCGCGAAGGACUUAAUAGUACAAUUACGCAUUGCUACUGCUGUUGCGUGCCGCCAAUUGCUAUUUAUUGUAUUUUCUUCUCAAGAACGUAAUGCGACGAACUGAUUUGCAAAUUAAUCGUCCGGAGAUUUCUAUCCGAGUUCAGUCACGUUUUUCUAAAGUAACUCUGCGUCGUUCGAAACAUUGUACCAAUCGUUGAAAAUCGUAAUGUGCACACAUUAUCUGGGAAAAGAGACGAAUAAAUAGAUGUAUUCAAAAG